GAUUUAAAAAAUUGGAUUUUUGGAUUAAAAACUAGAAAUUCUACUAUAAUUAGACAUAACUCGCAUUUUUUACACUUAAAAAUAGCGAAGUAAGUGAAAUACAUUUCACUUUUAAAAAUCUAGCUCAAAUUGGGGGAGAAUAGCCUAUAUUCAGUUAUUUUUCAACAAUGGCGAUCGUGCUAGGCUAGGAGAAAGUGCCAAGCGUGUUUGAUGAAAUCCCUCUGGACUGGCCUCUGGUUUUUCCGUUUAUUGCCGUUUAUGGUCGUGAUUGUGUGGUUGAGAAACUGUUGAGUUCGAAAAUCACGCGAAAACACGCAGUGCGAACAAAAAUGCGACCUUUCGCGAGUCAUGGCCAAUGACUAAUAGUGCGAAAAAUUAGAGAUUUUAGGGCAGUGAUCGAAAGACGCUUUAAUUAAAGGCUUAAAAAGUGAACGAUUUAUCAGUGAUUAGUCUCUCUUUAUUGAAAUCGACUCGAUUGGCUCCAGCACCAGCAAUAUUUUGGAAACCUCAACAUUCAAAAAAGAUCAGGAUGGUUUGAUGAACAUAACCUCACUUGAUCCCAACGUCAAGACGGAGCAACGUAACGAAACUGGAUACAUUACGAACCUACUAAAUUCCUUCAAUUUGUCGAACAACGUCCCGAUAAGUAAUCUGACAACGUGGAGGGAGGAACCUCAAAGAGGCGAAUCUUGGACAACCAGUAGAAGACUAGGAUUUAGUUGGGGAGGGAUGCCUCGCAGUAAGCGAAGAGCGCCCUCCAGUACAAAUCACAAUUCCAACGAUAUGUCGCCAAGUGCUCAUGAGGAAAGCAUGCCAAGGCAUCCUUCAAAGCGACUCAGACACACAUCCAGUGCCAGACGGUAUACGAAAACAGAAGAUGUUUCGAGUACGGCAUUUUCACAGAAAAAGUGCAUCGCGUGGUUUCGCGAGUACACGACUCCCGAUGACCCAGACACACUUGGUCCCGAGGGAAUGGAAAAGUUUUGUGAAGACAUUGGCGUGGAGCCGGAAAAUGUGGUGAUGCUCGUUUUAGCGUACAAAAUGAAUGCGCGGCAAAUGGGCUUCUUUACAAUGAACGAGUGGCUGAAAGGCCUAUCAGAAUUGCAUUGCGACUCAAUAAACAAAGUACAACACAAACUCGAAACCCUGAGGAACAUACUCAAUGAUCCUCACACGUUUAAGGGGAUUUACAGAUACGCUUACGAUUUCGCUAGGGAUAAGGAUCAGCGAAGUAUGGAUAUGGAGACGGCAAGAGUAAUGUUACAAUUACUACUGGGGAAGCAUUGGCCCCUGUUUUCGCAGUUCGCACAAUUUCUCGAUCAGUCCAAGUACAAAGUGAUCAAUAAAGAUCAGUGGUGCAACAUUCUGGAAUUCUCACGAACGAUUAGCCACGAUCUGUCUAAUUACGACUUAGACGGAGCUUGGCCAGUAAUGCUCGACGAGUUCGUGGAAUGGUUGAAGGUUCAAAAAGGGGGAAUUGCGACAGAAACCCGUGUCAGCUGAAACACCGAAUCAAAAAGCAAAGGACAAUUUAUAAACAAUAUAUUUACCUACACGACAAAGUCCUCCUGUCCAAUUUGAUUUGUCAUAAUUUAAAUUAUUAUUUUCUGGUUCCGUGGACGACUCGUUUCCGUUAAAAUUUCUGUCUCUUCAAAUUGUUAGAGCUUACUGUAGGUAAUUUUUGACCCAGUUGAUAUUUUCCCAACCUGAAUGACUGUGUCCAGAGUGAAAAAGCUCCGUUGCCUUUGUAGCUUAUUUCGUUUGUCGGUAAUAAAUCCAUAAAGUCUUAAUAAGUACCACCCCCCCAUUGUACUGUCUAAUAUAUUUUGAUUGUUCACGUCGCGCAUUCAUCGUCAGUCUUUUUUAAUUUAUGUCAUUCAAUUUGCCAGGUCUUGCAAUAAACUCGAGAAGAAUCAGGAGACUUAUGUUCUGCGUUUACGGGACUUGCCUCCUCGAGACUAUUUUGUAAAUAGAGAAUGCUGCAACUUUCGAAGAAUUUUUCCUUCAACGGUUGCUCUUAUCGGAUCCAUUUUUCAUAAUUACAUUUGCACAAGCUUUCUUGUUCGAUUCACAAACACAGUCAUACAUGGUAUUCACUUGUAAUAAUCAGAGGGCAGUGUUUUUUUAUAUUGCAGUCUGUCUGUCUGAUUUAGAACCCUCACCCAUUCGGCCUCUCACCCAUUCAGCUCCUCACCCAUUGCGACAAAAUAUAAAAAAAAUUUAUGAUUAGUACAGGGUGUCUGCUCUACCUGGAAAACCUAAAA